AAUGUCUGUUUGGGGUCCAUGAUGCCGAGGUCCUUCCGCAGAGGCAUCCCCACGUGAACGUUUGAGUAAGAUGGUAUGCUGUAUAUGAGCCACAGUUACGUGAAGCAAAAGGGUGUUAAAGAUUUAAAGUUUUCCCUCUCGUACCGAAGUUAAGGGUGCAGUUCUUGAACUAUGGCAACUGUUCGGAAGAAGGUGGACAACCGCAUUCGUGUCCAGAUUGAAAACGGUGUCGCACAACAACAUCGAUCUAUGUUUUUUAUAGUUGGUGAUCGUGGUAGAGAUCAGGUUGUCAUUUUGCACCACAUGUUGUCUAAAGCAACAGUCCGAGCUCGGCCGUCAGUUUUAUGGUGCUACAAAAAGGAGCUUAGCUUUAGCAGUAAUCGCAAGAAAAGAAUGAGACAGCUGCAGAAGAAAAUCAAAACUGGCACGCUGAACCUAAAACAAGAUGAUCCCUUUGAGCUCUUUGUCGCUGCAACAAACAUCCGCUAUUGUUACUACAAAGAAACUCACAAGAUCCUAGGAAACACAUUUGGCAUGUGUGUUCUACAGGACUUUGAAGCUCUCACUCCCAACCUCCUGGCUCGAACCAUAGAGACUGUGGAAGGUGGAGGCAUUGUAGUCAUUUUGCUAAGGACCAUGAAUUCACUGAAACAACUCUAUACAAUGACGAUGGAUGUCCAUUCUCGAUAUAGGACAGAGGCACACCAGGAUGUUGUCGGAAGGUUCAAUGAAAGAUUCAUCCUUUCACUCUCCUCCUGUAAGACAUGUGUUGUUAUUGAUGACCAGCUUAACAUCCUGCCCAUCUCCAGUCACAUAACCAACAUCAAACCUGUCCCUCCUAAAACACAGGAUGAAGGACUGUCUCCACGAGAACAAGAACUAAAAGAUCUAAAGGAGUCUCUACAGGACACACAGCCUGUAGGUGUUCUUGUGGAUAACUGCAAAACUAUGGACCAGGCCAAAGCAGUGUUAAAGUUUAUCGAGGCCAUUUCAGAGAAGACCUUACGGAGCACUGUAGCUCUUACUGCCGCCCGUGGUCGAGGUAAAUCGGCUGCGCUGGGAUUGGCUAUUGCCGGAGCUGUUGCAUUUGGCUAUUCAAAUAUUUUUGUCACGUCACCCAGCCCAGACAAUCUACACACACUGUUUGAGUUCAUAUUUAAAGGUUUUGAUGCCCUCCAAUAUCAGGAACAUCUGGAUUAUGAAAUAAUUCAGUCUUUAAACCCAGAGUUCAACAAGGCUGUGGUUCGUGUAAACAUCUUCAAGGAACAUCGACAGACCAUUCAGUACAUCCACCCUGCUGAUGCUGUGAAGUUGGGUCAGGCAGAGUUGCUGGUCAUUGAUGAAGCUGCAGCUAUCCCCCUGCCUUUAGUAAAGAAGUUACUGGGGCCUUACCUUGUGUUCAUGGCAUCUACAAUCAACGGCUAUGAGGGUACAGGUCGAUCUCUGUCCCUGAAACUCAUUCAGCAGUUGAGGCAGCAGAGUGCAGACAGUCAGCAGAAUCUGUCAGCAGAAAACAGAAACACCAGCACAGCCAGACUGGCAUCAGCACGAACACUUCAUGAGGUGACCCUUCAUGAGUCUAUCCGAUAUGCACCUGGGGACCCUGUGGAGAAAUGGCUAAAUGAACUGCUGUGUUUGGACUGUCUGAGCAUCCCACGCAUGAUUUCUGGUUGCCCCUUGCCUCAGACAUGUGACCUUUACUAUGUAAAUCGAGACACAUUGUUCUGUUACCACAAAGCCUCUGAGACUUUCCUUCAGCGUCUUAUGGCACUCUACGUAGCAUCUCACUAUAAGAACUCGCCCAAUGAUCUCCAGAUGCUCUCAGAUGCUCCAGCUCACCAUCUCUUCUGCCUGCUGCCACCUGUCUCUCCAACACAAAAUUCUCUCCCAGAAGUCUUAGCAGUCGUGCAGGUAUGUCUGGAAGGAGAGAUCUCACGCCAGUCUAUUCUCAGCAGCUUGUCUAGAGGACAGAAAGCUUCAGGUGACCUCAUUCCGUGGACUGUAUCAGAACAGUUUCAAGAUCCUGAGUUUGGAAGCCUCUCAGGGGCCAGGAUUGUCCGUAUCGCAGUGAACCCAGACUAUCAAGGGAUGGGUUACGGCACUCGUGCAUUGCAACUGCUGCAGGGAUACUAUGAGGGUCAGUUUCCCCUUCUGGAUGAAACUGAACAAACGGCGGCCAGCACAAUAACAUCUGUGAGCAGCGAGGCUGUCAGUCUUUUGGAGGAGGUGGUGUCACCUAGGAAAGACCUGCCACCGUUGCUGUUAAAGUUGAAUGAGAGGAGAGCAGAGAGGCUGGACUACCUGGGUGUGUCUUAUGGUCUCACUCCUCAACUUCUCAGAUUCUGGAAGAAAGCCGGAUUUAUUCCAGUAUAUUUAAGACAGACUCCGAAUGACCUGACGGGGGAGCACUCGUGUGUUAUGCUGAAGGAGCUCAGUGAUGAGGAUUCAGCAGACCAGGGCCAGUGGCUGUCUGCCUUCUGGAAGGAUUUCCGAAAGCGGUUUCUCUCCCUGCUGUCUUUCCAGUUCAGCAAAUUUAACCCAACCCUGGCCCUCAACAUAUUACAGAACAAGAAUGCCAAAGAUGACACCCCCGCAGUGCUCACCAGUGCUGAGCUGACUGCCAUGUUCACGCCAUAUGACCUGAAGCGUUUGGAGAUGUAUUCAAGAAACAUGGUGGACUAUCAUCUCAUCAUGGAUAUAAUACCUGCUAUUGCAAGACUGUAUUUUCUCAAACAACUAGGAGACGUCACGCUUUCCGUUGCCCAGUGUGCUCUGCUGUUGGGAGUUGGGCUUCAACACAAGCAUAUAGAUGAUCUGGAAAAGGAGAUUGACCUGCCCAGUUCUCAGCUUAUGGGCUUGUACAACCGUAUCAUUCGUAAAAUUGUGCAGUUCUUCAACACUCUUCAGGAAAAAGCAGUUGAGGCUGAGAUGGUGGCCACCAAGGAUAUUAGCAUGGAACCAACUGCACAGACUCUCAAUGAAGAUCUGAAUGAGGCUGCUAAAGAGUUUCAGGAGAAACACCAAAAGGACAUGGAGAAGAUUAAAGAAAUGGAUCUUUCAGAGUACAUGAUUCGAGGACAGGAUGAGGAAUGGGAACAAGUGUUGAAAAAAGCAGGACAUACAGCUAUUGUUAGCAUUAAAAGUGACAAGAAAAGAAAACUGGAAGGAACAAACCAGAAAGAACAACUACAAGGCAAAAAGAUGAAAAACAAUAAAGACAAAAAAAGGAACAAAUUUGGUAAAAAAACAUAAAACAUGGACUCUAAAUCUUUAUUUUGGUUAUAUGCACUUGACAUUCUACAAGUUUUUCUCGAUAAUAGAUUCAGUCAAACAUUAAGAAUGAGACAAAAUGGUUUUGAAGGAUUGCAGAUCAUUGUGAGUUGACAAGAGUAUGGGUGAAGACUAUUUGUUUUUAUGGAUGUUGUUUUAUUUCUUCUACAAACAAAAUAAAGUUGUAAAUUGUU